AUGAAUUUUGAUAGAUUGAAUCCACUAUCUAAUUACUUAUUCCCUUCCUCCAAUAAUUCAAAUGCCACAUCAAAUACCAAUACGACCAAAACCAAACUUAAGGAUAAUUAUAACAAACAAUCUGAGUUGGAUUCCCAGCUCGAUAGUGAAAUAAGUGAUUGGGGUAUAGAAAACCCAACCCAACCAAAUAGCAAAAGCAAUACUUCAACCAAUGGAUUAUUGUUAUCACCUUCAGUAACAUCCACAUCUACUUCAACAACUAAUAUCGAGGAUCAUUAUGUUCCUCUUUCAUAUCAUGAGUUUCAGGACAAUAUAUUUCUGUUACCACCUCCACAACCACAUUUUUUACCUCGGCAAAACCGCACUAAUCAUUACCCACAACAACAACAACAUCAAUUAAGAAAGUAUAGUACCACUCUGGUAAAUUCCCAGAGUAGUCUUCGUGACUUUCAAUAUUACUAUGAUGCAUAUGUUCCUGAACAUAUAUCUCCAGACACAGACAAUCUUUGUAAAUUUAUCCACAAGUAUAUUUCAUUGGAACACAAAUUACCCGAGUUCUGGGAGAAAUUCAAAUACAAUUUGAUAGUAUCCAAUUUAUUGGAGAAUUCCAUGGUAUUGUCCAAGAAUGAAUCAAACUUGCAAACGUUAAGUAAAACAACCAUUGUCGACUUUCAUGAAAAAUCUGAUAUUUUCAGUUAUUCUUUCAAUGAUGAUGGAACCAAGUUAUAUGUUCUUGACAGGCGCUAUAAUUUGUGUUAUAAUUUGAAAUAUAACAAUAUGAAAAUCAUCGUGUUGGUGAUUAACAUGAUAAUAUUCCUCCUUAAACAACAACAAUUGUAUUAUAAUCAAGUUGCUAAUCACCUACCUUUACAACUUCAAAUUAGAAUGUUUAAAAUAAUAGUUUACAUAUCCAUGAAACUCAUAAAAGUUAGAAAAUUUAAAAUUAUAAUCAAUUCAACUAGAAUUCUACAAAAUUUACAACAAUUUUUAAUGCUUAAUUAUAAAAUCAACAAGAAAUUAAUAGUUUACCUCAACAACCUCAAAGGAGAACAACUCAAUCUUAUAUCGAAUAAGACACAUAAAUAUUUACUGAAUCAUUUACUAAACUCUUUGGAAUUCUUGAACUUAAACUUACAAAGUUUAAUAGUGAAACUUUUACCACACAUGAAUGGCAAUUUAUUUGAACAAUAUUGUGCAGUUAAUAAUGUCAAUUUGGAUAUUUUGAAUCACAGCACGAAAUUGCAUGAAGAUGAAAAUGACAUGAUCCAUGUUCUUGGGACACAAAUAAGCAAAUUUGAUAAUUUAAGAAAAUUAUUUAUUUGUCAAUUACUUACAAUAAAUGAACCGUCUAAUCCAAAUUUCUUUGUAUUUAAAUUGAUGGAUGAAUUUGGUCUUGAUGAAAUGGAUCAAAGGGUACUGGAUCUAUCAGAUAUACCACGUUUACAAUUAGUUUAUGACAUAUUGUUGGACCAUAACUCAACAUUAACAAAUAUCGAAGGAUUAUUUGAAAAAUUUGAGAAUUUAAAUAAAGGCGCUGUAUGUACUUCUGGAGAAGAAAAUGGUACAGGUGAAAACUUACCAUUCGUGCUGAAUUUAGAUACAUUAAUUGCAAGAAUGGCGAACCUAACCACGAACUUGAAGUAUUUUCAAAAGUAUAAUCGUUCAAUUCAGGAUUUAGAUAAUGCUGAUGAACAACAAGAAAAGUUGAUGAUAUUUACACAAUUUAAAGAUGAAUUGGAGCAUAUCAAGAGUUUGUAUAAAUCAUCGCUAAAUGAUUUAAAUCAAGAACUAAAUCCAGGAUAUAUGGUUCCUCAAUCUCCUUCUACUCUUUCAAAUGUAUCUGGCUCACCAACUACUGUGUCAAAAUCAUUUAAUUUGAAAACAUUCCAGAAUUCAUCAUUGAAAAAGCGUUUCUCCUUGCCUUCUCCACAGUCAUUGCCUACUCCAACAACCCCUUCAAACAUUGCAAAUGAUAUCAAUGAGAAUGCUAAUGGUAAAGAAAAGAAAUACAAACGAUUGUCAACUGGUUUGCAAUUGGGAUUACUAACUGUGUUUGAAAACGAUCAAUCACCAAAUGGAAUAUCCAAUAGAAAUUCUAUUAACUCGGUUAAUUCGAAAAUGUCAACACCAAUGAUUAGCAACAAGAGUAAUAAUAGAGUUGCAUCAUUGGAUGAUAAUUAUCUAAAUAUAUUGCCUCCUGCUGGAUACGAGACAUAUAAUCAAAAAUCACUUGAAGCGUUGAAUAAAAGAAUGCGAAAUAGUAUAGGUAACCAGAAUCGAUAUUCCUUGAACUCAUUACAAUCCAAUAUAUCCGGUAUUACAGAUUUGAUUAGUACAAAUUUGACUAGUUAUGGAGAUGAAGAUCAAACAGAUCAAGUACCAGAAGGAGGUAAUGCUAAUUCCAAUAUCCAAAAUCCAUUAUCCAAAGAGGAUUUGAAAUUGAAAUUGGAAGAAAGUUUUAACCGGAUUUAUAAUUUGGAAAAUGAGAAUAAACUUCUUAAAAAGAACUUAAAUGAAAGUGUGAAUGAGAAUCAGAAAGAAGAUGAAGAUCUUGCAAAUAUUAGUAAACCAAAUCCACAAUUUUUAAGUGAAUUGGAGUUAAAAUUAAGUAAAUAA